AACACAGUUUUCUCCCUUGCUGCUCCAUCUGUUAUGUUAAGCACCUGAUAUCCGGAUUUGUGCAAACUUCAAAUCUAUAUAAAUGACUUUUGUUUGAGAGAGAGUGUUAGUAAAUAGUAUAGAAUCCAUAAUGAACCUCUGCCAACAACUCGAGUUAUUGAGAUCAAUUUAUUUUGGCAUGAUAUCAGCAUCUUCCGUGACUGAGAUUGGGUCUUCUGUUCGAAUCCGGUGACCCCAUUUGUGAAGCACAAGGCAUCAUACUCAGGAUCUGUGCAAACAAAAGUUAUUAUGAGUUGACUGGCUUUCAUUGAGGGAGGUGUGUUGAUAAGUGUUAUAAGAUCCAUUAUUGAUUGACUCAUAACAUUGAAUAUUAACCAUAUUUGGAUUUGAUUGAAAAUGGAAACAUCUUAAAUUAGGACGAUCUUUAACCGUUCUGUCUUGGCUUGUCUAGUAAAUAAAAAAUUGUUUUGAUUAAAUGAAGUGAAAGAGAAAGGGAAUCUGAAUAUUUUUUUUUUGUUUUAGAAUUGUGGGUGAGACUUUUCAAAGGCAUAUGUAGGCUGGUAGUAGUAUUCGACCUUAUAUUGCAUGCUUAGCUGGCCAACUUGACGACACAAAAAAAAUCUUGUACCAUGCAGAAUCUAACCUUCUCAACUAGCUAAGCAAUGUGUUCAUGGAUGGAUGGAGAACUCCAUAUCUCUUCUUGCCUUCCAUGCACUUCAAUUCCCUCCACCCCCGAUUAAAAUAUUUAAUCCAACUAGAUGGGUAACUUGUACAACUCUAUAAAACGAGUAUCACCCAACCGAAAACAGGUCAACACAUAUCGAAUAAAACCAGUCAAGUUGAACUUCCUCAUCUCUACCUAUCCAAAACUUGUACAAACCCCAUUGUGUCAACUAGCAAGCUCGGCAAUAUCUGUUGUCCCGAUAAAAAGAGAUAGUCAUUGAGUAUCGAGAUACCCGUAUCAGAUCAAAGAAAGUAUCCAUAUCCAUCAUGCCCACUCUACUCCAUCUAUAAAACAGGUACUACCCACACAAAAAAACAUGUCAAUCAAAUCGAAUAAAACAACUCAGGUUAAAAUUAUCCUUCCUACCCAAAACUUUGUACAAUCCCAUGUUCUCAACUACCAAUAACUUGGCUAUGUGUAUCUUUCACAUCAUCAUCACUACUAUUUACAAGGUAAAGCAAACACAUCAUAAAUCUCUCAAAACAAACAUCAUAGAUGCUGUGAAGACUCGGUGGACGGGCCCUUACUUCGUGAUUGUCUUCAGUUGUUGAGAUCAUGUCUUUCUUGUAUUCACUUUAGCUCGGUCCCGAGGACUGUCAACGGGGCUGCCCAUAGAGUGGCAAUACAAGCCCUGCUGCUGUCCUCUGUAGAGAUAACGUCCUUCGAUUUUGUAUGAUGGCUUCACUACCUGUCAUUUUAGAGUUUGGGUAGGGGAUAUAACUAUUAUACUUUGAUAUUACUUAGGGAAAAAAAAUCUCUCAAAACACUAGGAUGCAAAAUUACCAAUUAUACCCCCAACCUUCACUCCUAUAUAUUCCCACUCUUCCAUGGCUCCAUCCUCUCCAUUUUACACCAUCACUUCUCAACCCCUCCAUAGUCAAAUAUUCUCUCUCUCCCUCUCCAUGGCCACCGAUCACAAACCCCCACCGCCGGCCGGCCUCCAACAAGAAUCCGCCACCGCCCACGUCGCCGCCAGCCCGCUCCGCAAGAUCGCCGCCGUCGCCUCCAUCGCCGCCGGCAUCCAGUUCGGCUGGGCCCUCCAGCUCUCCCUCCUCACCCCAUACGUCCAGCUCCUCGGCAUCCCGCACUCCCUCGCCUCCCUCAUCUGGCUCUGCGGCCCCGUCUCCGGCAUGAUCGUCCAGCCCAUCGUCGGCUACCACAGCGACCGCUGCGCCUCCCGCUUCGGCCGCCGCCGCCCCUUCAUCGCCGGCGGAACCGCAUGCGUCGCCGUCGCCGUCAUCCUCAUCGGCUAUGCCGCCGACAUCGGCCACCACGCCGGCGACGACCUGGCGAAGAAGUCCAAGCCACGCGCCAUCGCCGUCUUCGUCGUCGGGUUCUGGAUCCUCGACGUCGCCAACAACAUGCUGCAGGGGCCGUGCCGGGCCCUGCUGGCGGAUCUUUCGGGGACGAGCCAGAAGAAGACGAGGGUGGCGAAUGCGUUUUUCUCGUUCUUCAUGGCCGUCGGGAAUGUGCUGGGGUACGCCGCCGGGAGCUAUAACCAUCUCUAUAAGGUGUUUUCCUUUACCAAAACGACGGCGUGUGAUGUGUACUGUGCGAAUCUUAAGGCCUGCUUCUUCAUCUCCAUCAGCUUGCUCCUCGUUUUGACCGUUUUAGCCCUCUGGUACGUGGAGGAGAAGCAGUGGUCGCCGGAGGCGGCGGCGGACGACGGCGACGAGCCGUCGGUUUCGGAGCCGAUGCUCUGCGAGCUCUUCUCGGCGAUCAAGACGAUGAAGCGGCCGAUGUGCAUCCUCCUCCUGGUGACGUGUCUCAACUGGAUCGGGUGGUUCCCGUUCCUCCUCUACGACACCGACUGGAUGGGCCGCGAGGUCUACGGCGGGAGCUCCGACGGGAACCGGGAGCAGGUCAAGAUGUAUGGGCUCGGCGUCCGGGCCGGGGCGUUGGGCCUGCUGCUGAACUCCGUGGUCCUCGGGGUCAUGUCGCUCGGGGUCGAGCCCAUGGGCCGGUGGGCCGGCGGGGUGAAGCGGCUCUGGGGGAUGGUCAAUUUCUUGCUCGCGAUUUGCCUGGCGCUGACCGUUUUGAUCAGUAAGCUGGCGGAGUCGGGUCGGGUUUCGCCGGAGCACCCGACCCCGCCGUCGGCCGGGGUUUAUGCCGGGGCUAUGAUUCUUUUCUCCGUCCUGGGUAUUCCUCUUGCGAUAACUUACAGUAUCCCGUUCGCUCUGGCUUCUAUAUUUUCUCAGACCACGGGUACAGGUCAAGGUUUGUCGCUGGGAGUUCUCAAUCUAUCCAUCGUUGUACCACAGAUGAUAAUUUCAGUAUUGAGUGGCCCUUGGGAUGCUCUUUUCGGAGGAGGGAAUUUGCCAGCCUUCGUGGUCGGAGCAGUAGCAGCGGCGCUGAGUGGAAUACUCUCGCUCACAUUACUGCCAUCUCCACCGGCGGAUAUCCCGACGACCAAAACGACUCUCGCCGGUUUCCAUUAAAAACAUGGAGAUAAAAAAAAAAAAGAAGAAGAAGAGUUUGUGGGUAUUUCAGGAAAUUAAUGACUUGACUGCAUUUGGGUUACUUCAGGAAUGGAUAAAUGAAGUUGAUCUUCAUGGAUGUGAGAGUUACUUCUUCUAGAGAGAACAUAUAUAGUGUACUUAAUUUCACAUUCUAAAUUAAGCUUCAUUCAAAUAAUUGUUUGUCUCCAAAAUCGGAACUAGUACGUGUCGACUAUUAAUAUCUCCGAUAUUGUUAAUGGGGUCGAUCCUUUAUUUUCACCGAAUUUGUGGCAAGCGUAACAUGUCUUUGUGUAAAGCUGGAGAGCUUGUAUUUGUAGCAUCAUGUUAGAAGACACUAUCUGUUGUUCAUUCAUCAACGCAUCCUAAACUCCCCACCACAUUUCUUAACUCGAAACUCUAAACAAAAAACAAGAGAGAACAAACUACGAAAUGACUUCGAUGCUAUACAAAGCUCAUCAAACACACCUAAGUUCGAACCUUGAGACCAACCCAUCAAGUGACCACAUGUGCUGAAUCAUCACGCAUUGGCACGUGGCAGAGUGCUAGUUAAUGUACUUAACAAACGGUUUAUAGGGGAAGACGACUGUUCAAAGUCUUUGAUCUCUUGUUGUCUUAUAGCACCUAAAUUGAUUGAUUAGUGGUUAAUUUGCUUUGGCCGGUCACAUUGGUAUACGUCUGACAUUACUUCCAUGACUUGAACGUAACUUAUAAACAACUUGUUAAUUAGGUGCCAUCCCGCAACCCUCCAAGUAAAGCAACAUCACGGUGCUGGGGUCCAUAUGUAUAAUUAUGACAGAGGCACAAAGGCUAGCGUACGUAUGGUGUAUGAUGUAUGAUAGUAGCGCUCAUAUGUAUUAGUUGUGCGGCGGAUAGUCCGAUUCAGGUCAUAUCAACAGUUCAAUUAUGAAUUAUAAAUUAUUUACUAACACGCCCUCUCAAAGGAAAGCUGACUCAUAUGAGCUUGAAAUUUACACAGACCUGGAUACCAUGGGUUUAACGGAAUAGAUGGGGGUAAUUGAAAUUCGAACAGAAGACUCUUUCGGUUUGAGAAGGCUCUGAUACAAAGUCAAUAACCAGAAAGUCCUAAUAACUCGAGUUGUUGGAAGAUGUUCAAUUAUAAAUCAUAUAACAUUUACUAUCAGAUUGAAAAUUGUUGGUUAUCAUUUUUCAAGAACCAGUUGAUCUCAAUAACUCGAGUUGUUGGGAGAGGUUCAAUUAUAAAUCAUAUACCAUUUACUAACACAACCACUCAAACGAAAGCCAACUCAUAAGAGCUUAAAAUUUGCACAAGUCCGGACACCAUGUGCUUAACAGAACAAAUGUGGCCAUCGGGAUUCGAAUAGAAAACCUCUCGGGCACAAAAGAUUCUGAUAGCAUGUCAAGAAGACAAGAAUCGGUUGAUUCCAAUAACUUGAAUUGUUGGGAGAAGUUCAAUUAUGUAUCAUUUAUAUACCAUUCACUAACAAUCAGAGUUACCAAAUAAUAAACUUGUUAGAUUUAA